GGUCGAACCGCUGGCUGAAACAAACCUGAAAAACACAUUUGGCUCAAACGCUGCAUCGGGAAUGGUAGAGGGAUAGCGUGAGAGCUUUUGCUUCGAAGUUGCUAAGUGAUGCGUCUAACUUUAGUAGGCAGGUGCACCAUCACGCAGCGCGUCCCAGCUCCGUGUCACCAGCGCAAUGACGCGCCGAUAUUGACGAUCCCUUGCCAGGACAUCUCGCAGACCGCCAAGACGGCGGAACAAGCUGCACACGCACUCUGGCAUUUCGCUCAGACUUGGUUCUUUGAGUUCCCGCACUAUAAGCCUGGCGAUAACCGCAUCAGCCCCGGGGCCGAGAGUUAUGGUAGCCCCUACGAGCCUGGCUUCCAACGUAGCCUGGAGGACCUGGGAGCACGCUAUCUUCAUAUCCGCGCACUGGGCAUUGUCAAUGGCUUUCGGAACUGUGUGCUAACGCCAUAUCUCCACAAGACCUACGGUAUCCAGAUAUUCGGCAAAGUUAACGACGAGUGCAUCGAAUCCGUCAUAAACGCAUACAGUCAACAAGGCCACGCCCUCUACGACAUCAGCCGCCCCACCAACGACCCCUUCCCGUCGCCACACAUGUACGGCUACCUAACCGAAGGCCCUGUCCUCGCCGCCCUCGGCGUCCCCGUCAACUACAGCGAGGUCUCUAGCGCCGUGGCCGCCAACUCCCUCACCAGCCACGACAUGCUCCUGGGCGGCUUCCUCGAUUCCCUAGCCUACGUGCUCGACGCCGGCGUCAAGGUGCACCUCGUUUAUGGCGACCGCGACUACGUUUGCGGCUCGAUCGGCGGCGAGCGCGUCAGCCUGGCGAUCCCGCACGCCCGGCGGUCGGCGUUCGUGGAGGCGGGGUACGCGCCCCUCGUCACCGCCGUCGACGGAGUCGCUGGCCAUGAGGUCCCGUCGUAUCAGCCCGUUGCUGCUUAUGAGAGUUUUAGGCGCGCCACGUUUGAUCUUGAUAUUGCUACUGGGUUGGUCCCCGAUGUCUGGCAUAUCAAGAAUGUGCCGUCCGAGAGGCCGGCUGCGAGGUGCUAUGUUCUGAACCCGUUGACUUAUCUGCCUGAGGUCUGGGAGAUGGUUGAAGCAGGUACCGCUGUGGUCAGGGACUGGUUCGUUGUUGGUGGAGAGACUGGUGGAGAGCAUGGAGAGCCAAGCGAUACUACUGGGGAGCUGAGUGAGGGGCUGUAGGGGUGAACAGACGUAUCUUAAAUGAAUUCCGAAUACCGAGCCGCCGCCCCAAUCUUCCAUCUCGAGAGAAAGCACAUGAAGCAGACGGGUUUUAUGAGAGUGUGUACUCGUUAUUAAUUACUGCUCGUCUAUAUAAAC